AUGAACUUCCACGACGUCUUCACGCGGGAGCAAGCGGAGAUGCUGGCGCCGCCGCCGCCGAUGAUCACGCGCGAACAGCAGCGCCGACAUCGGGAGCUGGAGCAGCGCCUCCUCAUCGCCGAGCGCGACGAAGCGCUGCGCCUCGAAUGGAAGGAGGAGGAGAAGGCGGCGCUGAAAGCGAAGAAAAAGGCGAGCCGCGAGAAGCGCCGCGCCGAGUCCGCGGCGAGGAAGAAGGCGAGGGCCGAGGCGGCGGCGAGGAGGAAGGAGGAGGAAAAGAAGAACGGCGCAGGGCUGUCGACCAUCGUCCUCUCCUCCUCCUCCUUCGACUUCUAG